AAUUUCUAGUGACAUAUAAUAUAUUUCAGAUUUAAGAUAAGAUUAAGAUAUAAUAAAAUUCUAAUUAUUAAUGAAAUCCUAAUUUGCAAUCUUUAUGAGAUGAGAUUUUGUAGCAAUGUAGCAUCAUUAAUUGUUCCUAAGAAAUAUAUCAAAAAUAUAAAUUUUGCAAAAAUAGUAACAUAUAAGUAUGUGCCAAGGUGUAUAAAUAUCGAUGAAGUUGGUGCUCAUAAAAUAUACAUUGUGAAUUGUGGCUACGAAUAAAUAUUGUAGAGUGUGAAUAUAAAGUGCAAAGAAUUCGCAUUGCAGCUUUGUGUUGCCAAAUAGAUAAGAUAGAAACUGAAGGCAACGAUUAUUGACUGCUGGAUUCAUUAUCAGCUUCGUUCAUCGGCAAGUGAAAUUUCCCGCUUGUGCAAAGAAGUAGGUCACAAACAUGUUAAUAUGAAAGAAGGAAUGAGGCUCAUUCUGAAAUAUUUUAUGGAAAGUUUUUAAACACGUAAUUUUCGAUAAACCCAAAGUUUAAGGUGAUCAGUAUACAUAUUGAAAUACAUGAUUAAUUCAAGGUAAAACAAUAUUCAUAAAAUACGUCUAGAGUUUCAAAUAUUUUUACAUGAAUAUAUCAUUUGUAACUUAUACCAAGGAUUGAAGCAAAUGCCUUAUCGCGAAUGUCAUCAAGGAUAAUGUUACUGUUAAUCGAAUACGCUUAUUAUUCUCCUUGCCCUGUGUGUAAUUCAUGAGUCCAACCAUCGCGAAAGGAGGUCUUUGGAUGUCAGGCGUGAUUAUUAUUGCGAAAAAAAGAAAGCGCAUAGUUCGCUGUAUUCGAAAGUAGCGCGCGGGAACUACAUGAGGUCGCAGCCACUGAUCGUUGCUGAAAUCAAUGCGCUCGAAACUAAUUACGAGCAGGCAAUGGCAUUCAAAUUGUUUGAAAGGACUUGCAAUUAGAAAUGCUGUUUUGCACAAGGACAUUCAUUAUGCAAAGGGAAUGAUGCAAAAGCGUUCGCUCGUAACUUUGAACGUACGGUCAGGCGGAAGUAAAAAACAAACAGUUCCAAUCAAAGAGAUGUGGAAAGUUGGAUAGAGAGACAUGGCAUUAAACAUGUUUACCGGAUAAUGGAAAUCAUGAAGGAAAAGCCACGCAGACGAAGUAUAAGCGAGCUGCUUGACUGGAGAUGCCUGACUGAAUGCAAAAGUAUUAUCGCCGGGAACGAGAACAGCUAUGGAGAGGAUAAUUUCCUAAAGGAUUGUGAUAAAGAGCCGGAAACACGCAGAAGGAAACGAUCUGGUACUUGGCCGAGAACAAGAAGUCUAAACGCACCCAGUCCUUUUCACAAGUUUGGGCCAUGUGGACGUAUUAUGAAGAAUUCCGUGACGGUUAUGACCAUCCAGGAUCCAGCUUCUCAGAGAUUGACUUGGUACAAACCGCCGAUCUCCGUUCUGGUCAUUAAGAAGGUCCGCGACACGUCCGUCUUGCCACCGUUCAUCCAGUUGGUCACAUGGUUGAUAGAGGAAAAGCAGAUGGCGGUUUUUGUGGAAGCCUCUGUUUUGGACGAUCCGGUCUUGGCCAGAGAUCCCAGAUUCAUAAAAAUUCGGGAUAGGUUGCACACCUUCAGAGAUGGCACGGAUUUGCAGGACCGAAUUGACUUCAUCGUCUGCUUGGGAGGCGAUGGCACACUUCUUUACGCUAGUUUGCUGUUCCAGCAAUCGGUGCCACCUAUAAUGGCAUUUCACCUUGGUUCCUUAGGAUUCCUCACUCCCUUCGAGUUUGACAAUUUUCAGGAGCAAGUGACCAACGUUCUCGAAGGACAUGCCGCUUUGACGCUAAGAAGUCGUCUGACGUGCACCAUCACGCGCAAGUCUGAGGAGGGUCAACCAGGCGAAUCGUCCACGACUCUUCUAGUGUUGAACGAGGUCGUUGUGGACCGAGGACCCUCGCCUUACCUCUCGAACAUCGAUCUCUUCAUCGAAGGCAAGCACGUGACGAGCGUCCAGGGUGAUGGUCUGAUUGUGAGCACACCAACUGGGUCGACCGCCUACGCGGUUGCUGCUGGAGCCAGCAUGAUUCAUCCUUCAGUUCCUGCCAUCAUGAUCACACCUAUCUGUCCUCACUCUUUAUCCUUCAGGCCGAUCGUUGUACCUGCCGGAGUCGAACUCAAGAUAAUGGCGAACAGCACGGCUCGCAGUACAGCUUACGUCUCCUUUGACGGUCGUAAUCAACAAGAGCUGCGUGUUGGCGACAGCCUAAAGGUAACCACCUCCGUAUAUCCGGUGCCUAGUAUCUGUGCGGCCGAUCAAAUCACCGACUGGUUCGAUUCCUUAGCCGAAUGCCUCCACUGGAACGUUAGAAAGCGACAGAAGCACUUGGACGAGUUGAGCGAUCUUGCGCAUUCAUCUAGCAACGACACUUUAGACUCGUUGGAUCGAGACAGUUAGGUUUAAGGGAACAAUUUUUCUAGGCUAGUACAAUCGACAAUAUCUGACCAAGUCCAUCGCGUACUCGGCCGAGAAACCCCAUAAUCAAAGAUUGAUUAUCUCAAUGAGCAGAGACGGUUUGGUGGAUCUAAGGGUUACAUAUUAUGAGAUUGGAAAUCUGAUAGUAACUUUAAUUAUGCACUAUAUCGCAUUGGCAUUUUUUGAUGCGUUGAUGAUAUUUUCUAUGAAACAAACAAGGAGUUAUGCGAUUACUAAAUAGUAUCGUUUUCGUUGAUUAAGAUCUUGCCGCGGAAUAUUAAAGUGGAAGGAAACCUAAAAAAAAAUAUUAAUACAUAUUGGUCAUCGAUAAAGUUGUGUUCUGUACAAGAGCAUCUCCCUCCUCUGCCAAAAAAUAUUUACGUCUCUAUAUAGAAAUGUCGACCACGAAGCCUAGAAAUAAAGGAGAGGAUGGAUAUUUUGUGCUUUUAAUUAUACGAAUAACGAAAAUUAAAAUGGAAGCGAUAUGAUUUACAAUCUUUAUAGAUAUGAAAAAACUGAGAGACAAAAUGCAUUUAUUUUCGAAGAAAAUUAAUUUUUUUUCACAGGCAUCUGCCAUCGGAUAGAUUACUGUCAAGAGACUUAACCACUGUCAUACACAUGAUUGAUACUUCGACAUUUGAGAACAACGUUUUUAUCGAUGAUUGCGUUUUGAUUCACAAGAUGUUUCUUGUAUUUUAUUGAUGUAUUGCAUUAUCUGUACAAAUACUUAUAUCUUUUAGUUCUCUUAGAUUAUCUCACGGCUUAAAUAACAAUUUGGAUAAAUAUACCCGUAUUCUUUUUUUUACUGAUUAUGUAAUGGCAAUUUGACAUCGAUCGAUUUAUUGUAAAUGUUUGUGAAUGUACUUUCCUAUAAAAUAAGAACCUUUUAAUAAAAUAUGUUUUAU